CACACAUAGUAUACUUUUCAAAAUUCCCAACUGUUUCUAUGUUAUUAAUUAAUUUGAACAAUACCUGUAUUUUGCUGAAAUGUCUGUCAGCUGAUCUGAAGAUGACAGCACUGUUUUGAUUAUUAUUUUGUAUUGCCAGAAUAAUUUGUUUGUGUAGUCAUUCGACUUAAAAAUAAAUACGUCUUAUUUAAUAUUAAGUUUUACCCUACACCAUCAACAUGUUUCAGUUUGGGUUUAAUAUGUUUCCUGAAAUUCCACGCCCCUUUAAUACCACCUAUAGGUGCUACUCGGUGGCCAUGUUACCAGGAAAUGAAAGACAAGAUGUUGAAAAAGGUGGAAAAAUUAUAAUGCCUCCAUCUGCAUUGGAACAAUUAACACGAUUGAAUAUUAAUUAUCCAAUGCUUUUUAAAAUUACUAAUAAGAAAACUAACCGUAUAUCACACUGUGGUGUUUUGGAAUUUGUUGCUGAUGAAGGGAAAGUUUAUUUGCCAUUUUGGAUGAUGCACAAUUUAGUACUAGAAGAAGGUGACCAGUUACAAAUAGAGAGUGUUUCAUUGCCUGUAGGCAGUUUUGCAAAAUUCCAGCCUCUAUCUCCUGACUUUUUGGACAUAACAAACCCUAAAGCAGUGCUAGAAAAUUGCCUAAGGACAUUUGCCUGCCUAACAACAGGGGAUGUUAUUGCUGUUCAGUACAACCAGAAAGUUUACGAGUUGUGUGUAUUGGAAACAAAACCUGGCAAUGCUAUAAGUAUCAUCGAAUGUGAUAUGAAUGUUGAAUUUGCACCUCCAGUAGGAUAUAAAGAACCUCAAAAGGAACAGGACACAGAAGAAAUGACAAUAGAUCCUGCAGAUUUAAUGCCUGAACCUUCAGGUUUUGUAGCUUUUCGAGGACAAGGGAAUCGACUUGAUGGAAAGAGGCGUAAAGAUGCUUCAAGUUCUGAAACUGAUCAGCGUAAAGUCCAGUACGUCAGAGGGAUUCCAGAUUAUGAUUAUGAAAUUGGGACAUUAAGAUUUUUUAGACACCUUCAAAAAUCAUCUAGCUCUAAACCAGAAGAGGAAACUUAUCCUGAUUUUAAAGCUUUUAGUGGAACCGGAUUUAGUUUAAAAAAUAAACGAUGAACAGCUUGGUGCUCACAUAUGACUAUUUUUCAGUAAAUCAGUUUUUGUUAAUCUAUCAUAUUAACUUAUUAAUAACUACUUAAUUGUUUAAUGAUUCUGUCUAUAUUUAAUUUUCAAUAAAACGAGUUAUGAACA